CGCAAUGCUCUCGGUCCAGCGGCGGCUCGUGUGGUCGGUGUGACUUUGUUAACAGCAAAUACACACUUUACAGAAACAGUCCGUCCGUCGCCCCACUGUUGCUGCUGGAAUCCCGCCGGUGUCAAUGGACGACUGACCUAAACAUUUUGACCAAAAAUGGUGGAGGGCUUCAUUCCACUCCUUCUGUCUGGGAUGCUGAUGUGUGGUCUGCUUCUCCAAACGGUGUCUCAACAUGGAGCCAAUGUUGAUGAGCCCAAUAAGAAGCCCAAUUUCAUCAUUAUAUUGGCAGAUGAUAUAGGCUGGGGAGACCUGGAUGUUAACCAGCCUGAAGAGAAGACAAACAACACACCAUAUCUCAACCUGAUGACUGAGCAAGGACUAAGAUUGACAGACUUUCACUCUCCAGCCUCCACCUGUUCCCCAUCCCGUGCUGCCAUCCUGACGGGCCGCUAUGGCCUAAGAAACGGGGUGACUCAUAACUUUGCUGUGGGCUCUGUGGCCGGUCUACCUCUGUCUGAAGUCACCCUGCCCCAGCUACUACAGAAGGCAGGAUAUUACACAGCCAUGAUCGGAAAAUGGCAUCUUGGCCACAAUGGACCAUAUGGUCCAACUAAUAGAGGUUUUGACUACUACUUAGGUAUUCCUUACAGUAAUGACAUGGGCUGUACUGACAUACCUGGAUAUAAUUUGCCACAGUGCCCUGCCUGUGACUCUUCUGGACCUCAAGUGAUCAGACUGAAGAGGAGUGUACAUGGAGGCUGUUAUUCCAAAGUGGGCCUUCCUCUGAUGGAAAACAGCAGCAUUGUGGAACAGCCACUUGAUCUGUGGACACUAACAGAACAAUAUAAAUCCACUGCAACCAGGAUCAUACAGAAUGCAAGGGAGAGAGGACAGCCCUAUCUCCUUUACAUAGCGUUGGCUCAUAUGCACGUUCCUCUGGCCCCUUCACUCCGUCCAGAUGCUUCUGCCGGUCCUCCAGAUGACGACAAAGUGUACACCGCCAGCUUGCAAGAGAUGGACAGCCUCGUGGGGGCAGUAAAGAGUGCUUCUGAUGACGCAGACAAAGACAAUACUCUGAUCUGGUUCACCGGUGACAACGGACCUUGGGAACAGAAGUGCCAGUACGCAGGAAGAGUAGGACCUUUCCUGGGAAAAUGGCAGACCAACAGAGGUGGAGGUUCAGCUAAGCGGACCACCUGGGAGGGAGGUCACAGAGUGCCAACAGUAGCUUAUUGGCCUGGAAGGAUCCCAGCAAACACCACUAGCUCCACCCUGCUCAGUGGUAUGGACAUCUUCCCUACUCUUCUGUCCCUGGCAGGUGUAACUCCUCCCUUAGACAGACGUUAUGAUGGCAUUGACGCCACAAAUAUCCUCUUGCGUGGUGAACACACUGGUCAUGAGUUUCUCUUGCACCCCAACAGUGGUGCUGCAGGGAAGUUUGGUGACCUGCAGACAGUUCGGACAGGGAAACACAAAGCUUUCUACAUCACAGGUGCAGCUGAGGCCUGCGGUGGUGCAACAGGAAGGCCACAGCUCCAUGACCCGCCACUGAUAUUUGAUCUGGAGCGUGAUGAGGCUGAGGAAACACCCCUGGAGGUCAAAACACCAGAAUACCAGGCGGUAGCAGAUAGGAUCGCCCGAAGGAGGGAGGAGUUAUUAUGGGACAUUGCGACCGACAAAUCUGUGUCCACGGCGGACUACAGCACGGAUGAAUCAGCAGCGCCCUGCUGUGACCAUAGACAGCCUGUUUGCCGCUGCCACACACUGGGCCAAGGGUGGGAAACCACACGCACAAACACUCACACAAAAGGCUGAAAGUAGCACACAGAUGCAAGCAAACAGAUUUGCUUUGUUUGUAGAACAUGUUGUUUGGGAGGUUCAAUGUCCAGAUGCAGCAGGAGACGUGCAAACAAGCGGAGAGCAAAGAGGCGCAGGCGGGCGAACUUUGGCCAGUUGUUAUUGUGAGGUCAAUAAUUUGGGAAAAAUAAGAUCAGACAGUAAAGACAUUCUACAAUUUGUUAAUCAAUUUGUUGCAGUGUAAUUCAACCUAAAGUCAUGUUGAACAGUUGAUGUUUCAGAAAAUAACUUGGCUUUGUUAUUAUUGUGUUGGAUAUAUGAGCUUUAAUUCAGGAUUGAAACAUUUAUAAAAAUUAUUGUUAUUUUUUUGUUUUUGUAAAUCAAAUCGACACCAUGCAGAGGUUGAAUCAGUUCUCAGCUUUAAUGAGUCUCUGGUGUAAAUGUCCAGUAUCGAACAGCUCAAUGCAGCGUAAGGGUGUCCUAACAGCGCCACCUUUUGGCAAAUCAAAUGGUAUUACCAUGUUACUUAUUACAACAGUACUAUAUAUAAAUGUUAUAUACAUUAUACACACAGUAAAAAUCCUCAAUAUAUAUUUACGCAUGGUAAGUCUAUGCGUUUGAUGUGUAAUACUGAAAACAUUUUGCAAAAGAAUAUUUAUUACAUCAAAGUUAAAAUGACUAUGACUUCCAUGUUAACAUACUGAAUUCAGCAUCAUGUAGUAAAUAAAAAGGUCUUCAGGAUAUUACUGAAAUUCAAGGACCUGUAACUUUGUCACGUACAGCUCACCAUCAAGAGCUUCACAUUCAGCUGCUGACCGCUCCUCCCACAGAGCCAACUCUUUCCAGAUAUAUGAUCAGGUUACGUUUGUGACUCCGCAGGUUUUUAGUCUCAUCUAUCGCUACCAUAAUUAGUAAUGACAGCUGCAUCUGCAAGUCAUAUAAUACUUACUGCAUGUAUCAUGAUUUAAAUAGUGUAUCACACUUACAACAUGUUUUCCUUCUUGAGAGAACUACCGCUCCUCUUUCCUGAGGUGUGACACAUUUAAUGCCCAUUGAUGAGCUCCCCGAAUUCCUGAGGCCCGAUUGACAAAAAUGCCCGUAUGAUAGAUUUUCAGAUGCUAAUUUCUAAGACUUAGAAGUAUAAACAAGUCAUGAUCUUAAGAGAUUUGACUCAUUUUAUCAUAUGCUUGUCUGAUUGCACUUGCCUUGUUUAGAAGAUGUUAAAAAUACCUUACAGUUAACUUCUUAGCAUCUUUCUGAAGAGCAUUUUUGUGAAUCUUUUGUGUCCUCUACUACAUUGGUAUUUUCAGCUCAUUAAUACCAGCCACAUGCUCAUCUGGUUGCUACCAUGAUAAUAUUGUGCAACAAUAAUGUGACUGUGUUGUCAGUGUUUCUUGAUGUCAGUAUUUAAAAAAAAAAGAAAUGAUUAACACUGUUAAUGGCGUAAUAUGGGAGUUAACAGCGGGACACUUAGACAGUUUUCAGUUUUUCAAUCUGUCUAAGAAAAGAGUUUAAGAUGUUUGUUUUUUUAAUGAUGAGUGGACCUUCCACUCUUUUUUAGUGUUUUUUCUUCUUUUUUUUUUAUUCCUUACAAAACGUGGUAGGGACACAGAAUACAGAAACACCAGGAAGUAACAUUCUGGCAAGAUUUGACCCUAAGCCAGCAGGGGUACAUGUGUCAACACAGGAAUAUUUUUGUCCACCUCCCCUGUUUGAAACAAGUGAGUCUGAUUGUUAAGCAGGGGUUGGGUGUUUCAUGGGGAGGUUUGGUCAGUUACUCUGGUUGCCGACUGGAGGGAACUCAUUCUCGUCAUCCAGACAGACGGGGCCCUCAGCAAACUCGUGCUCUGGGAUGACCUCACCCUUCUGUGCUCCACCAUCCUCAGAGUAACCUGAAGAGAGAAAGGAGAUAGCAAUCCUUAUCUGUGUCCACUGAGAACCUUUUUUAUGUUUAUGUUUUUUUACCUAUGUUUGGAAAGGAUUUCAGAUCAGACUAGAUUCAUAAAAGCAAAACCUUUUAUAGGUACAUUAGGUGCUUAAUGUUUAUAAGAAAUGAUAAUCAUUAAUAAAGUAUUUUUAUUACUGCA